ACAUUAGUUGACUCUGUGAAUCAGCCAUGAUACGUUGUAACGUUAACGAAUUUUGUGUUUUCACGUAGGAAAUAACCGAAAAAUCAUUGUGAAAGUGUUAUGAGUGAUUGUUAACUAUAUUGGAUUACUAUUAGCUAUGAUGAAUUGGGGCACCGAGCUCUGGGAUCAAUAUGACAAUUUGGCUUUGCACACAUUGAAGGGUAUUGAUUUCCUGGAGAGGUAUGGCCAUUUCGUCAAGGAUAGAGCAUCCAUAGAGUUCGAUUACGCUUUGAAAUUGAGGAGACUAGUCAAGAGUUAUCAACCCAAAAAGAAAGAAGAAGAUGAAUAUCAUCAGUACACGUCUUGUCGAGCGUUCAAAAUCUUGACGGACGAGGUGAACGACUUGGCUGGUCAACACGAGGUGAUAGCAGAGGAUUUACAGUCGAAAGUGAUCAAAGAACUGAACGCGUUAGUGAAAGAUUUGAGAGAGGAAAGGAAGAAACAACUUCAAGAGGGACAGAGGCUCACCCAGAUCCUCCAAGCCCAACUGGACACCCUACAAAGAUCGAAGAAAGCCUACGACAAAGCAUUUCGCGAUGCAGAGAAAGCGUUGGACAAUUUCCAAAAGGCGGAUGCGGACUUGAACCUGUCCAGGGCCGAGGUGGAAAAACAGAGAACCAAUUACCAAUACAAGACUCAAAUAUGUGAUACAACCAAGAACGAAUACGCUCAACAGUUGCAGAGGACGAACGAGCUGCAGAGGCAGCACUAUAGGUCGGGGCUGCCAGAGGUGUUCAGACAUCUGCAAGAGUUGGACGAGAAACGGAUCAAAAACAUAAAAAACUUUAUUUAUAGUUCGGUGAAAAUUGAAAGAAACGUGUUUCCUAUAAUAAAUAAGUGCUUAGACGGUAUACUGAAGGCAGGUGAUAUUAUUAACGAGAAAGAGGACAGCAAAAUGGUAAUAGAAAGAUACAAAUCGGGUUUCGAACCUCCCGAAGAUAUACCGUUCGAGGAUUUAUCCAAGAACGGCAGUGAUUCAGGUAGUACACACAUUGUAAAUAAUAUCCAGCCUACCAGUAAGAUCAAAGAUGGUGUCUAUACGGUCAAAGGAACCAUUUCGGGAAAAGCGAUCAGAAAACGGGCUGGAAUCUUCCAGAUUUUCGGCAAUAGAGGGCACGCUGCAAUUUCCGAUGGAAAGGACGAUAUGAGCGACCUGCCACCUAACCAAAGGCGGAAAAAGUUGGCGCAGAAGAUUGAGGAACUGAAGGCCAAAGUGGCCCAAGAAUCGGCCGCCAGAGACGGUCUGAUGAAGAUGAAGAGCGUCUACGAGGCCAAUCCGGCCCUGGGAGACCCAAUGACGGUCGAAGGCCAAUUGAACGAGAGCAGUCAUCGAUUGGAGAAGCUCCAGGUGGAACUGAAGAGGUUCCAAGGCUAUCUUGACGAGGCGCUCAAGAAUCAGAACAGCUCCAGCAACUCGGCCAACAAUUCUCCCAGACUCAUCAACGGCUCGAGGCACCAUCGGAACUCUGGCGGUAGCGCGGCCGAGGAGGAGUCUCUCAGUCGGUCCGCCAGCGACAGCAGCGUCACCAAUCCCACCGUCAACCACAACAAACAGUCGAUGCCUGGUACUCCUCAACUUAACAAUCACGGUUGUUCAAACAGUCCUGAGAGUGGCUUGGGGACGUCUCAUACUUCCUUACCAGGCGUAGAUUCGGAUCAGGAUCAGUAUGAUGGACAUCCUGUUGAUCCGGAGAGCGAAUACUACGAGGCUGACCUACUACCUGCCAUCGGAACCUGCAGAGCUCUGUAUCCGUUUGAUGCUACCAGUGAAGGCAGCAUACCGAUGGCUCCCGAUGAACUUUUACACCUAAUUGAGAUGGACCAGGGAGACGGAUGGACAAGGGUGAGAAGGAUGAAUGGAGAGUGUGAUGAAGGAUUUGUGCCAACUUCUUAUAUAGAAACCACGUUGCACGAUACUUAGUUCUUAGAAUCCCCGCAAAGUUAUCUCUUUCAACUUUGAGGUGAAACUCUGAAGAACGUGAUGAUACCGUCUUGGGGUAUGUGACGGGGAAAACUAAAAGGAAUAUUUCGAUCUUAUAAUUACUUACAUUGGAUCAACAAAGUCCUGUUUUCAUUACGGUUGUUUUAUUUCAAUCAUUUUUCAAAUAUUAUUUAUUGUAAAAAUAAGUUUUCAAUAUCGGAGUUUUAAUGUGUCCAUGUUUUUUCGCUCCAAUACUUAAUUUUAAUACAAUAAAACCAUCUUAUUCAGCGAGUUUUUCUCACUAGUUUCGGUAUUGACCAGAAAUUGUGUGUUUUCGUUUCCCCCUUCCAAACUCGAUUAAUUGUAAUGGAAUUUCGAAAAAUAAAAAAUAUUCGGAAUAUAUUUUUGUAUGUCAUAUUUGCUCAUGGUAGUUGGAAAGGGGAUGAGUCAUGGUAUCCUCGAUUUUUCAGAGUCUUAACCGUUGUAAGAGUAUUUAUAUAUAUCAGAAUAUUAUAAAUUUGGAAAACUUGAUUCAACUAAUGGAUAUUGCUUCUUGCAAUAUAAUCUUUUCGCUUAGCACAAUUGUUUAUUUAAAUCGAAUGAAUCCAUAAACAUAUAUUAUGUUGAUGUUUAUUUUAGGGCUUAAUUGUAUAUUUAAUUAAGUGUAAGUUUGUAUUGUGUAUAUACGCUCAUCACUAACAUAAGGCUCAUUGUAAUAGGUAAUAAAUAUUCAUUUAUUCUUUACCCGAAAAGUUUUUGUAUAAACAAGAGGAUAUAGCUAUUUUACAUAGUUUCAUUUUUGGAUUAUUUUUUUAUUGUAUAUAAUAGACAUGAUUCGAGAUUAGCGAUCAGAGAAAGUUCUAUGAUGUGGGAGAAAUUUUCCUACUCAAUUUUUAAAUUUUAUUAAGUCAUGUCCCCUGAAAUAUGUUGAAGAAUUUAUAGCUGUGCUUUUCCCUGAGAAAGAAAAUUAUUACAGUUCAUUCUUACCUUAGUUUGGACGAUUUCCAUAAUAUUUUUGGAAAACCAUAUCAUAAAAAAAAAAAGUUUCAUUAUCAUCCAUUCCAUAUCAUUGUUUUAAAAGUUAUUCUUGAAAAAUUCUUAAAUAUUUGAAGAGACAUAAAUAGAGGUUGAAAAAAAUCAUUCGAGAUGAGGUAUUCUAGGACUGUAGGUGAUUCCUUAGUCUUACGUUCGACCUAAGCUUGGGAUGAUUAUGUCGGAUGAACAUCAGUGUGGAUUGCGUAAGACCAGUCGGUCAACUUCAUAAAUUUCAUUCCAAUUUUCUAUUUACCGCACCACUGCAUUAUGUUUGUACGCAUUGAUGACCCAAAUGUAUAGUUAAUUGAAAUUUGUCCGUGUAUAUGACUGAUUCUUGUAAUAUAAUUAUUAAUACAA